ACGGUGAUUACAUGUAUGAUCAUACAGUAUGUAGCAUACCUGAGUACAAUUCUGACGUAGGCCUACUUGUACUUUACUUAUUAUAUUAGUACUUUAAAGUUUUGUUUUUUUAUACUUUUACUCCACAAAAAGGAAAAUAUUAUACCUUUCACUCCACUACAUUUGUCUGACAGCUAAAGUUAUAGUACUUUGCAAAUGAAUAUUUAAAAAAACCUGACCAUGUGAAAUACAGUAAAUGAAACCAUCCAACAUAAUAAUGAUUAGAAUUACCUCUAAUGCAGCCAGUCACAACAUUAAUAUGCUGCUUACAUGUUAACACACCACUAAUGAUACUUUAGUAGUAUAAUAUAUAAUUAUGUAACACUGACAGAGCCUGUUUUGGCUUCAUAGAGUACUUUUAUGAUAUACUUUUACUAUUAAACUUUAGCUAUUUUGUUGAUAGCACUUACCUACUUUUACUUAAGUAAGGUUAUGAAUGCAGGAAUUUAACUUGUAACAGUAUUUUAAAAUUGUGGUAGGGCUACUGUUACUUAAGUAAAAUAUAUGAUACUUAUUCAACCAUUGGUCUUAACUCAAAGUUUAUCCUAUGAGUCUAUCUAUAGAUUUAGAUAUGUGUGCAAAUACACUGGCUAUAUUUGCACUUACACAUACUUCCAAAAUGAACAUAUGCUCUUAUAAAUCCUGGGCCAUAACAAACCGUGCGUGCAAUUAUAGAAACCUGAGCCAGAGCAACUGCAAAACAAGUAACACUAAAAAGAACAGUAAGUAUUACUAUUGAGCCAAUUGAAAGCUCUCAGGUCUCUUCAGGUAAAUUACUAGUGAUGACGUCCGUAACGUUUUAACGGCAGAAGUUCUUCCCAGAUUAGAAGUACCAGUUUACUUCUUUGAAAGACCGGGCCUCAGUCCAGCCAACUGCUGCAGCCAAAGUAGUCAAUUGAGGACACGCCUUGUAGUACACCUUUGCGUGCUUGUGCCCACGUGUAUAAACAUGAUUAUGUCCAUUUUCAGGGAGUAUUUAUGGUUGAAUUGUGGGAAUAUUCCCUACUGAAGUUGUAAUAAAGAGAAACUGAAUUUCAGUUUUUGGUAAAGUUCAUUAUCUCUCACAUCCCAUUGUUUUCAUCAGACUUCCGUCUAGGGAGGAUUUUUGGAGUUGCUCAAAUUAGCCACCUGGAUGCACCCCUCCCUUCACCACCACAUUGUAAGUGCAUUAGCCUAAUCCCUUCUAUCUGGCCUGCACCGCUCCCACGCACAUCAGUUAACACAUACAUGCACAGAGGAGCAGAGCUGAAGAUGGAGCUGCACACAAAAGAACUCCCCACCUGUAUUUGACCUGAAAUGAAGACAUUGCCAAACAUUUAUCAAUUUCGGAGGACUUGUUGAGGACAAUGUUGAGAUUCAGCCUGCAUGUGUGGAUAUUAUGGAUGCUUUAUGCGGGCACUUUCUCCGAGGAGGACAUCAACGGAUGUGAACAGCAGCCAUGCCAAAAUGGUGGUCUAUGUGAGAGCCACAAUGGAGGUUUCAGAUGCCUUUGCUCCCAACAAAGCCAAAAUGGGCGCCUAUAUGGAGGAGAGAACUGCACAACUGCACUUUCAGGCUGUGAUGACAACCAAUGUGAGAAUGGAGGAAUAUGCUCUCCCUUGCUUGUCAAUGAUCAGCACGCUUAUACAUGCAUCUGCCUUGCUGGCUUCGUAGGCCCCCGAUGCCAGACCUUCACCGUCUUCUCAUUUGAGUCCCGAGGCUACAUGUACAUAGAGACUCGGCUUCUAGACCCAGAGGCUCCUCUUAAUGUGACGUUCAGCUUCAGGACGGCGAGGCCGGUCGGCACCCUCUUGCAACGCAGGGUGGAUGACCUGCUCCUCAGCAUUGAGCUGAUGGACGGGCGUCUCUGCCUGCGCAGCCUGAGAGGUCAAGGCUCCAGCACGCUGGUUCAGGAGCUGCCGAAGUACUUGUCCAACAACAAGUGGUACACAGUGGAAGCAUCACUGGGUGGCGUGGUCAGCCUCAUCAGGCUGCUCUGCACCGAAGGAGGCUGCACCAGAGACUCCAGGGGUGAAGUCCAGCUGCUUGAGCAAGCGUCUGCUCUCCCCGAGCCAGGAACAGUUCGUCAAAGCCUCUUCAUAGGAGCAGUCGGGGGGAACUGGGGUUCGGGCAGAGCAGCGGUUGAAGCAGCAGACUACCUGCCUGCUUUUCUGGGCUGCUUCAGAGAUGUGUUUGUGGACUCGCUUCUGGUGUUGCCUGCUGUAGUGCCAGAAGAUUCAGACGCCCAGGAAAAUAUCACCGAGGGAUGCAGCGACAAAGACAAGUGCGAUGACAGCCCGUGUCAGAACCGAGGGCGCUGUGUGAGCCAGGGCUGGAGGAGCUACACGUGUGAGUGCCACAGGCCAUAUGAAGGAAACAACUGUGCAGAUGAGCAUAUCACAGCAAGAUUUGGAAACAAAGACCUGGAGAGUUAUGCGUCCUUUUCAUUGGAUGAUGACCCAGGUGAUUCUGUAACUACAUCCAUGUUCAUUCGCACCAGACAGUCCAGCAGCCUGCUCCUCAUCCUGGCCAACAGCACCAGCCAAUACCUCCGUCUGUGGCUGGAAGAGGGCAGGGUCAAAGUUCAGGUCAACAACUUUGAGACCCUUGUUGGUCGGGAUGCAGUCAAUGACGGACAUUUCCAUCUGGUGACUGUGAAGCUGGAAGGAACGGCGGCCACAUUGUUCCAGUCAGCCCGGAGCCAGGGCUCUAUGCCCAUUAGGCCCAUUCGAGCCUAUCCCGGGGAUCUGGUUUUUGUUGGCGGACUACCAGACUCAAGGGCUUCUGCCUCGUUUGGUGGCUACUUUAAAGGAUGUGUCCAGGAUCUGAGGAUUAACAGCAAACGACUGCAGUUCUAUGCCAUUGCAACUCCAGUGGGAUCUUACAGCCUGGAGCAACUCAUCAAUGUUGCACAAGGAUGCAGCAGUGACAAUGCCUGUGCUGUCAACCCCUGUCUCAACGGCGGAGUGUGUUACUCCAUGUGGGACGAUUUCAUCUGUAACUGCCCCCCCAACACCGCAGGGCAGCGCUGUGAGGAAGUGAAAUGGUGCGAGCUCUCUCCCUGCCCCGCCGCUACUGUUUGCCAACCCCGCUCUCAGGGCUUUGAGUGUUUGUCCAACGUGACAUUUCGGGUUGACAGCAGUAUUUUGCACUACCGGAGCAAUGGGAAGAUCAAGCGCAGCCUCAGCAGUGUCUCCCUCAGCUUCCGCUCAAGACAGUCCGCUGCCACCUUACUGCAUGCACAAAAGGACUCGGACUACCUCACCGUCUCCCUCCUGGACUCUCAUGUGGUCAUGGAGCUCCAGGCGGGGGCUGACAAGGAUUCCCGCAAGGUGACAGUUCAAAGCAAGGAUCCAAUCAGUGAUGGAGAGUGGCACACUGUGGAGCUCAGCACGGAGUACCAGACACUCUCGACCUCCAGGUGGAUCAUGGCUGUGGAUGGAGGCAAGAAGGAGCUAAGCGUAUUCAAAACAGCUGUGACGAACGUGGAUUUUCUUAAGGAGGGAGCAGACAUUUUCCUGGGGGGACUGAGUCUGGACAGCGGAGUGAACCUGUCUGGCUGUCUGGGCCUGGUGGAGAUCGGAGGCCUUCCUCUCCCUUUCCACCUGGACACAGAGUUGAACUUCCCCAGACCUCAGGAGGAGCAGUUUGAGAGGAUAAACGGCAACGCUGCCCUGCGUUACGGCUGCUGGGGAGCCAAUGUGUGCGAACCCAACCCUUGUAAUAACGAAGGUGUGUGUGAGGACCUGUUUGACCUGCACCAUUGCACAUGUCCCAUUGAGUGGAAAGGGCCACUGUGUCAAGACCCGACAGACACCUGCAUCUCCAGCCCCUGCAUCCACGGCGACUGCAUCGACCUACCUGAGGGAUUCAAGUGUGUGUGUGAGCCGGAGUACCGCGGUAAACAGUGUGAAGUGGAAGUUGACAUGUGUGAAAACAACAAUUGCAGCAAAGGCGCCAUUUGCCUCAAAGGUUUCAAGAGCUACGCGUGCCUCUGCCCUCAUAAUCUGACGGGCCAAUACUGCGAGCAGAAAAUUCCUGAAAUCCCGUGGUACAUUGAGACCAAUCCACUUCCUCAGCUGCCUGUAUCAACAUGCACGGGUACAAGAUGGAACUACAACUGCUUUAACGGAGGGAACUGCUCUGAAGCAGACAACGCCUGUUACUGCCUGCCUGGUUUCACGGGACAGUGGUGUGAGAAAGAUGUGGAUGAAUGUGCCUCAGACCCAUGUAUGAACGGAGGCUUCUGCGUCAACUAUGUGAACAGUUUUGAGUGCGUGUGUGAUAUCAAUUACUCAGGGAUACACUGCCAAAUGGACAUUAGUGACUUCUACCUGUACCUCUUCUUGGGCCUAUGGCAGAACCUCUUCCAGUUGGCGUCCUACCUUCUGAUGCGUAUGGACGAUGAGCCAGAAAUUGAGUGGGGAUUCAACGUCAACGAUUAGACCCUUGAUUGUCAAACGAGACUAAACUUGAUCCAGGUAGAUGGUCACACUGGAGUAAAAUUGAACAAAUUUGGUACCCAAAAAUCAUGUAAUGUGUUAUCAGGAACCUAGUGUAUCUAGUGUACUGACAAUGCCAGUAAUAGAAGUGUGUCUGUUGUGAACAGAACUAUAUAGUAAUGAAUACUAAUUGCUCCAUACAGUAUAUUUAUACAUUUUAUCUGGUUCUCAUACUGAAAGCCACACUUUAGAGUUUGUCUUGUGCCUUAAAUUUCCACGUUUUAUCUGGAACACUUUUCUAAUCAGUAUAUGUUUUAUAACUGUUCAGGGACACACUCACAUACAGUUACAAUCUACUGGAUAUGAAAAAAAUACCUAUAUCUAUAGCUAGGAAGUUGUGUAUUUACAAAUAUGUAUGUAGCCUAAUAUAAAUGAUAAAGGCUAUGCUGCAUGCAGUGCAUACAGAACCUGAUCUGUACGAUGAAAACAUAAAAUAAACUUAAAACAUGAACGUGAAAUGUAGAAAUAGAAAUUAUCUGCUUUUAUUUAAAACAUUAAAAACACCUUUGCAACCAGUGAAACUUAAGGGGGAUGGGCACCAAAAGUAAACUGUUACGAAACAAAUCCAACUGUGCAAGAAAUAUGGGGCUAAAGCCACUCAAAAGUGUCAUAAAUGAUGAAAAAUUAUAGUAUAGUGUGUCUUAAAAAUGUCACAAAAAUCGCAAAAAAGUAUAGUGUAUCGAAAAAAAGUCAGAAUAUAGUAUGUCGAAAACAAAAGUCAGUGAA